AAAAUUUUGAGGUUAUUUAUUACGAAAAUGUCAAACUGUGAGCGAAUAUGAAUGUUGAAGUAAAUAUUUUAUUUUUUGCAAAAGCCAGAGAAAUUGUUGGAAAAACAAAUGAUUCUUUAGCAGUCGAAACACCCAUAACAUAUCAUUCUUUGUUGAAUCUUAUUGCAGAAAAAUACUGCCUUCAAGAAAUAAAAAAUAACGUGAUACUUGCAGUGAACAAACAAUUUGGUAAUCCAGAGGAUUCAUAUUGUUUGAAAAGAGGUGACGAAAUCGCUAUUAUUCCCCCUCUAAGUGGAGGUUGA